AUACUUGUGUCCAGCAGACUUAUCUCAACGGAAUGGAAAAGGAAGCCACAAAUCAAAUGAUCGAGAUUGGAAUUUCUAUUUGAAUUGGUGAAAUCCUUGAUAAAUCCAUCGGAAAGCAAGUUUCGCUUAGGAGAAAGAAAUUUUAAUAAACAAUUGUAAAUGGUCAUUGGAUUAAGUGGAGAAUAUUUUUUACGACAAUUUAAUUAACCGUAACGAGAAAAAGAAGUGUGCUGAGGAUGGACUAGUAAGGAGUAGGAGGAGGAUGAGUUUGUAACGAGAAACAAAACAAGAGGCGAAACCUUUCAACAAGGAAACCACGCUGAAGAACAAAACAACGAAACUAAAUGACAAUUGAUGGGUUUCCCGUAUCAAGGCAAUGUGAAAAGAAAUACCAGAGAGAGAGAGAGAGAGAGAGAGGGAAGAAUAAAAAACAACAACAACGUAUUGAAAAAUAAAAUAAAUAAAAUCCUUAAAGUCUGCAAGUCAAAAGUAAACAGUGGAGAAUAGAGAAAAAGGCAAGGCUAAGCCAGGCUGUCUGUAAAACAGGAAAUUGCCGGAAACUGGAAGUAAAUCACCAUCAUUGUACCUCAUCAAAACAGAGGAGGGAGAGAGUAAGAGAGAAAGGGGUCAGGAAAAGGAUUCUCAUAGAUAAAGACACACAACCACCAAUCAAGCUGUUGGUUGGCCAAACUUAUUGCCUAGACCAUAGGCCACAGCUGGUCGACGAAGGAAAAAGGAUAUAAGCACUAAAUAUCACUUAAAUUUAUUUUACAAAAAAAGCAACAACAACAUCAACAAAAACAAACAAUUUGUCCAUCCAUCCAAUCAUUUAUCCUGCCAGUCAGCCCAACACUCAUUCAACCGCUUUGGCAACCAGGCCGUUUAGAUAACCAACCAUGGAAUGAAAAACGAACCAUACGUCCAUUUGUUGCAAAAGUAUUGGAUCAUAAAAUCACUCGGUUGAGUCGAAGUGUAUAAAAAGGACCUCAAACAAGGCGAGUAGCUAACGUAACUGUUGACAACGAGGACGAACGACGACGAGAACAACAAUUUGCAACAUAAAACUAGAAAAUUGAAUAAAAAUCUCCGUUGUCUUCUAACGGGGGACAAAGAGUUCUGGCUGACGUUAACUGACAUUGGCCAUCAUUACAAAGUGGUUUAUUGUUUUAUUUCGACAUUGCCAUCCCAUUACCCUGCUCAAACCAAUAGCCAUCUCAAGGAAGCUGGGCAAAUAAUGUUGAAAGCAUCCACAGCAACAUUGUCCUGAUACUAAUGCAGUUUAUGAUGCUGAUGAAGAUGCUGCAGCAAAAGUUUUUCUUAAGAACUUUUUGUAUCUAGAACGACUUCUAUUCAUCUUUUAUUUUUGCCAUACAAAAAAGGACAAAUUGCCAAAUAGUCUCAAAGAGAGAGAGAGAGAGAGAGAGAGAGAGAGAGAGAGCGGGCGGCAGAGACCUACUCUCCUUUGGCAGCAAACUAUCACCACUUCUUGCACUUGCUUUGCUUUUCACCAAAUAUCCUUGCUGGAGAAUAUCCUCUGAACAAAGGACACUACUGUUGGAUGUAAUUAAAACAAGUUGACUGACAAAAGAAACAACAACAACAUCUGCAACAGCAACAACUUUCCAUUUCACAUUCAAAGCAAAAAUCAAGAAAACGCUAUGGAAAAUGUUCUCACCUCCCACCACCAUCAACAACAACAACACCAACAUCAUCACACAACGGCAACCACAGCCUCAUCAUCGCCCACCGCCACACCAGGUCUUUCGACGGGUGGUGGUAUUUCGCCACCACCCCCAGCACCGCCACCUGCCGCCAAAAAAAGUUCAACCACACUUUCGGUGGAUCGAGCGGCAUUCCUGUUGUUGCGUGUCAAAAAGGCAUUCAAGAGGAAACGCCAACAUCGCAAAGAAAAACAAGCUCAAGCCUUAAAUGCUGCACUCAACAAUCAACAAGGACGUUCUGGCCGUGGCAAAGUACCACCACCAUUGUUGCGUUCGCGAACAUUGCCUGCAAUCAUAGUUCCGGGUAUACCGGUGGUAUCCUUGCACACCGAUAAAUCGCAAUUUCAAUGGGAGGAACGAUUAAGCUCAGCCAGAGCCUCAACAUGCAGCGGAAAUCGUUGGUCAUUAUUGACACGUAAUACAACAACUACAACGGCCACCUCCACACCCACAUCGGCAGCCUGUAGUAGUGCCCCGUGGAACAACAAUAACAACAGCAGUAUCAGUAACAACAACAUAAGCAGCAACUUUAAUAACAACAACAACACGCUCAGCAUAAAAUCACUUAACCUGCCCAAGGAUGAUGGAACCCUUGUCUAUCGGCGUAAAUCUUCGGGUAGCACACCUCAUGGUAGUUCCGGUGCUGUUUUGGUUGAAGCAGCCAUUGCUGGCGGCAGUGGUGGUACAACCGGAAAUUAUAGUAACUCGACAGCUGGAGGUGGUGGUGGUGGUGCCGGCGCCCAAACCCCCGAUGCUUCGAUGCCAUAUCGAGCCUCAACCUCAUCAUCGACGGCCGAUGAUUUUGAGUGUUAUGCUGCCGAUGGUUCCGUCCUGCUGAGAGAUUUGAGAUUAGAGAAGGAUAAGUUCUUCAAUGUGCAAAUUAAAUGUUAA